AACAUUGCUGCCAAAUCCGCGGGUCAAACGAGGGAUCUAGACUAGUGUAUCUUAUUUAUUUUUCUUUCUACAUUACCCCCCUUCUCCUCCUCCUCCUCCUCCUCCUCCUCCUUCCCCCUCUCCUCCACCUCCUCUACUUCUUCUACCACCUCCUCCUCCCCUGGACCCCCUUUUUCUUUUUUCUUGCGGGAAGAUGGGUUGUUUGGGCAACCAUAAGACCGAAGACCAGAGAAAUGAGGAGAAGGCACAAAGAGAAGCAAACAAAAAGAUAGAGAAGCAGCUCCAGAAAGACAAGCAAAUAUACAGAGCAACUCACAGACUACUACUAUUAGGAGCUGGAGAGUCGGGAAAGAGCACCAUAGUGAAACAGAUGAGGAUCUUGCAUGUCAACGGCUUCAAUGCAGAAGAAAAGAAACAGAAAAUUCAGGACAUUAAGAAUAAUAUUAAAGAGGCUAUUGAGACCAUAGUAACAGCUAUGACUACCCUAACCCCUCCUGUGCAGUUGGCAUGUCCAGAAAACCAGUGCCGGAUUGAAUAUAUCCUCAACUUUGUCAAUCAGAAGGACUUUGAGUUUCCAUCUGAGUUUUACGAUCAUGCAAAGACACUGUGGCAAGACGAAGGAGUCCGGGCGUGCUAUGAGAGAUCCAAUGAGUACCAGCUAAUUGACUGCGCACAGUACUUUCUAGACAAGAUUGACAUUGUGAAACAGAGUGACUACACUCCAACAGAUCAGGAUUUGCUGAGAUGCAGAGUACUGACUUCAGGGAUCUUUGAGACAAGAUUCCAAGUGGAUAAAGUUAAUUUCCAUAUGUUUGAUGUUGGCGGUCAAAGAGAUGAGCGCAGGAAAUGGAUUCAGUGCUUUAAUGAUGUAACAGCCAUCAUCUUUGUGGUGGCCAGUAGCAGUUACAACAUGGUGAUCCGAGAGGACAAUCAGACCAACCGUUUACAGGAGGCCCUCAACCUCUUCAAGAACAUCUGGAACAACAGGUGGCUGCGGACCAUUUCUGUCAUCUUGUUCCUAAAUAAACAGGACCUGCUUGCAGAGAAAGUGUUAGCAGGGAAGUCCAAAAUUGAGGAAUACUUUCCGGAAUUUGCUCGCUACACCACACCUGAUGACGCGACACCAGAGCCUGGAGAAGAUCCACGUGUUACAAGGGCAAAGUACUUCAUAAGAGAUGAAUUCCUGAGGAUCAGCACAGCAAGCGGAGAUGGAAGGCACUACUGUUACCCCCAUUUCACCUGUGCCGUUGACACAGAAAACAUCCGCCGCGUCUUUAACGACUGUCGAGACAUCAUCCAGCGGAUGCACCUGCGGCAGUAUGAGCUUUUGUGAUGGGAGAGGAAAGGUGUUAGGCCAAAAAGAUAAAACCAGACUGGACUAUGAAAAACAAAACACAAAAAAUAACAAAAAAAUACCCUGAGUCUCUGAACUCUUCUGCAGAGGUUACAGACGGAAUGGGGGGCCAAAACACAAACGCACUUCUAGUAAAUGGACCGUGAACCCAGAACUUCCCCUGAUGCAAACUCUCUACCUGAUGCAGAAUUUUUGAUGGAAGGGUUUGAGGGGCUUACACACAGACUCUGAUCCUCACUUUCAGCCAUACUCCUAGCUCCUCACCUUUGGACAUCAUGUAUCAUCACGUUACCUUCACCUUUCUAAAAACUGAGUGGCCCAGUCUGGACUGAGUGUCCUGCAGCGAUGAGGGAUGGAGCUGCAGAUGAGUUUUUUUUGUUUUGUUUUUUUUUUUUUCUUUUUCCUCUCUCCCCCCGAUUGGGCUGAAAACUAAGAGCUACUACUUCAGUGCAAUUGGAAAGAGAACUGUUGAAUUACUGCAAAUAGAGAAUAUGUUACAGCAGAUCAACUGAACACUGUAUUUAAGAAAGACAGGAAAAAAAAACAAGCACUGUGCUCAGGACUUUGACUCGAACCGUGUACACCAAACCUUCCUUUCACCUAGACAUCUUUAAAUCCAGCGGCUCUGCUUGCACACACAAAACGUAUCACACCUGCUUUUUACUGGACUGCACAACAGGGGGUCAAUCUGGCGACGCACUUAUCUGUCGACGUGUCGUUGAGAUGCCAGCUAAUUUAUCCGGAUCAGUCCUUUGAGAUUAAAUGGGCGGAGUGAGUGGCUGCUCAGCCGAGCCCCAGAGGAGCGGCUUUACCGCAGGCUGACCGGACCACGGGUGUGUUGGUGAGGCUUCACUUUGGGCAGGGGUUCACAAAAACAGAAUGGAGCCGACUGCGAUGUGAAUUUCUGAUGGGAGUGUUGGCCGCGUUUGACAGGGGUGCCAACGACUUCUCAACAGAACUGUUUUUGCCACCUGACUUUGCCUUGUUGGUAUUGGAGCAUCAUGUGAGGAGGAUAUAUUGUUAAAAACAAACAGAAACAGAUACCAACUUCUCUGGAACUUUAAAUGGAGGGCGAAAGGCAUCCUUUGACAGUACAGUACCAUAUAAGUUAAAGAGAACUCUCAUCCUGUUAUAUUGUCUCCACAGCUGUUUUUGUCUGUGUAGACUUUUGUGCCAUUGUGCCCUGUGCGCUCUUUCUUUAUCUCUGCUCUGUCCUCCUUUUGUCACCCGUUCUCUACACGUUCUUCAUCUUCCACCCACCUUCUUCACCACUACCACCAUCAUCACCUUUCCAUUUGCACUUUUACCUUCCUAGCAGUGCUCUUUUGUUUUAAAGAGAAAAUAAGAUAUAUUAAUCCUGGAAUAUUUAAAAAAAAAAAAAAAAAAAAAGACAAACAGGACUCCCACCCCCCCACUUGUGUGGUCACAACCUGCUCGCACCUCCCCGCCAUUCCUCCACCAUUCCUCCUUCCUCCCCAAUUUCUUGCUCCUUUGUAUGUCUCUUUACUUUACUGCUGAACUAUUAUUCUUGUACAGACUGUAAAAUGUAUUAUUUUGUACAACUUUAUUGAAAAAAAUAACUUUUAGAAGAUCCCUGUGCCUUGAUCACGACUGUACGUGUGUAAUGAGCUAAAGUGGGUGUCAUACUGCGCUGUAUAGCUUGGCCAAUCCUCUCCUAACUCCCUGCCUCCUUCGCUCUUACCUUCUUUCCCUUUCUUUAUCCCUCCUUGUUUUUGUUUUUUUUGUUUUUUUUCCCCUCCCCCAUCUGUUCUCUCUCCUCGGAGAUGGACAACCAGUCGUAGCUUUUGUAUUUUUUUUUUCUUCUCUAACUCUUAUUCUUCCAUUCUCUUUAUGAUUUAAAUGUCUAUUUUUGAAUCCAUAUACCCCCCAAAAGAUAAAUAUAUGAAAUGUAUAUGGGUUCUUUUAAAAAAAAAGUAUUUUAUUAGAAUCAAAUGAACCUUGACAAAUUGUACACUUGAUAGUGUGCUUGUUGCUAUAACUUAAAUCCUUUUAACUGAA